AUGUUGAGAUUCUUGGGGAAAACCACUGCAUCGGCGGCGAGGAGCGGCGGAUCCAACCCCACGGAGGCGUGCAUCGUCAGCGACGAGGUGCUGUCGGCGUGGGAACUCGUCAACGCGUCUCUGUCCGACGACGAGGAUCUAUACUCCUACGACAGCGAAGAGACCGCCAGCACUGGCGAAUCGGUCUCCGCCGACGAUCUGGAGCCGGUUCCGGCUGAAGAAGACGGCGGCGAAAAAGGUGUCGACGAGCAUGCUGAUCUGGCAGGGUUCGAUCCAAUGCUAGCGCGUGAAAUAAUCAAGGUGCGGGCGAUGGUAGCGGCGGCGGCGAUUCCUAAGCCUCCGCCGAUUGUGUACAAACCUACUGGGAGUCGUUAUUACGCGGAGGAGAGCUCUGAUGAUAGUGAUGUGAACGAUGUGGAGGAGGAUGAUGAUGAUACGGACGAUGAUUACGAUUUUGAUGAUGAAUUGGUGCCGUGGAAGCUGAAGGGGAGGUUCGAGAAGCAGAGGAUAACGAAGAUGGGGACAAGGAAGAUGGGGCAGAGGGGCGGCCCGAAGCUCACGGCGAAGAAGCUGCCCUAUUACGAUAACAGGCCUGGUUUCGCGCACGGGAAGCUUCGUUAG